CGGGAGGGAGCCAGGCGGGCAGCUGCGGGCCGGGCCGGGGCCGCGCCAUGGCCUCGGUGAAGGUGGCGCUCCGAGUCCGGCCGCUGGACCGCAGGGAAAAGGAUCUGGGUGCUAAAUUUAUUAUUUCCAUGGAGAAAAAUAAAACAGCAAUUACAAACAUGAAGAUACCGGAAGGAGGAACUGGAGAUAUGGGAAGAGAACGGACUAAAACGUUUACCUAUGAUUUCUCGUACUUCUCGGCAGAUGCUAAAAGUCCAAACUAUGCAUGCCAGGAAAUGGUUUUCAAGGACCUUGGUACAGAUGUCCUCAAAUCUGCCUUCGAAGGUUAUAAUGCUUGUAUUUUUGCAUAUGGACAGACUGGAUCCGGGAAGUCUUACACAAUGAUGGGAAAUGCUGGGGAUGCUGGUUUAAUACCUCGUAUUUGUGAAGGACUGUUCAACCGAAUCAAUGAGAAAACGAGAUGGAAUGAAGCCUCUUUUCGUACAGAGGUCAGCUACUUGGAAAUUUACAACGAACGUGUCAGAGACCUAUUAAGGCGCAAAUCUUCAAAAACAAAUAACUUAAGAAUCCGUGAGCAUCCAAAAGAAGGCCCUUACGUAGAAGACUUGUCUAAACACUUAGUACAAAAUUAUUGUGACGUAGAAGAACUCAUGGAAGCAGGAAACAUAAAUCGGACGACCGCUGCGACUGGAAUGAACGAUGUCAGCAGUCGAUCCCAUGCUAUUUUCACGAUCAACUUCACUCAGGCGAAGUUCGACACUGAAAUGCCGUGCGAGACGGUUAGCAAGAUACAUUUGGUUGACCUUGCUGGAAGCGAGAGAGCAGAUGCCACUGGGGCUACGGGCGUUAGAUUAAAAGAAGGAGGAAAUAUUAACAAAUCCCUCGUGACGCUAGGAAAUGUCAUUUCUGCCUUAGCUGAUUUAUCUCAGGAUGCUGCGAACUCUCUUAUAAAGAAGAAGCCAGUCUUUGUGCCUUACAGGGAUUCUGUCUUGACGUGGCUUUUGAAAGAUAGCCUAGGAGGAAACUCGAAAACAAUAAUGAUUGCCACUAUUUCACCAGCCGACGUCAAUUACGGGGAAACCUUAAGUACCCUUCGCUAUGCAAACCGGGCUAAAAACAUCAUUAACAAGCCAACCAUCAAUGAAGAUCCAAAUGUCAAGCUGAUCCGUGAGCUCCGAGCGGAAAUAGCCCGACUGAAAGCUCUGCUCGCUCAGGGGAAUCAGAUUGCGCUUCUGGAUUCUCCGACAGCUUUAAGUAUGGAAGAGAAACUUCAGCAAAACGAAGCAAGGGUGCAAGAGCUUACCAAAGAAUGGACCAAUAAGUGGAAUGAAACCCAAAAUAUUCUAAAAGAGCAAACUUUAGCUCUGAGGAAAGAAGGAAUUGGGGUGGUGUUAGACUCUGAGCUGCCUCAUUUAAUCGGCAUCGACGAUGAUCUUCUCAGCACGGGGAUCAUCUUGUAUCACUUGAAGGAAGGUCAAACACAUGUUGGCAGAGAAGAUGCUAUGGCAGAGCCGGAUAUUGUCCUUCACGGCCUUGACCUGGAAAGUGAACACUGCAUUUUUGAACAUUAUGACGGAACCGUUACUUUAAUACCAUUCCGAGGAGCGCAGUGUUCUGUCAACGGAGUUCUGGUAACAGAGGCAACGCAACUCAACCAAGGUGCUGUUAUAUUGCUUGGGAGAACAAAUAUGUUUCGUUUCAAUCAUCCCAAGGAAGCAGCUAAACUGAGAGAAAAAAGAAAGAGUGGACUGCUUUCUUCCUUCAGUUUAUCCAUGUCGGAUCUUUCAAAAUCUUGUGAAAACCUCUCUGCAGUCAUGUUGUAUAAUCCGGGUCUUUUCCCUGUAAAAGGACCAAUCUGUCUAAGAUUAGAGUUUGAGAGGCAGCAACGAGAAGAAUUAGAAAAAUUAGAAAGUAAAAGAAAGCUCAUAGAAGAAAUGGAGGAAAGACAAAAGUCAGGCAAGGCUGAACUAGAGAGGAUGCAGCAAGAAGUGGAGUCCCAGCGCAAGGCAACGGAAAUCGUUCAGCUGCAGAUCCGAAAACAAGAGGAGAAUCUCAAGAAGAGAAGCUUCCACAUCGAAAGCCGGAUGAAGGACUUGCUUGCAGAAAAGGAGAAGUUUGAAGAAGAGAGAUUACGUGAGCAGCAAGAAAUAGAGCUUCAGAAGAAGAAGCAGCAAGAAGAAAUUUUUGUGAGAGUGAAAGAGGAACUGCAGCGGUUGCAAGAGCUCGGUCAGAAUGAAAAGGCGGAAAAAAUGCAGAUUUUCCGAGAAUUGGAAAAGCUUAAAAAGGAAAAAGAAGAACAGUAUCUCAAGUUGGAAAUGGAGAAAAAGAGGCUCGAGGAGCAGGAAAGAGAGCAAGUAAUGUUGGUGGCACACCUGGAAGAGCAGCUCAGAGACAAGCAAGUCAGGAUCCAGGUGCUUAAAAGAGGAGACAUGCAGAGGGUGGAAGAAGAGAAGAAGGACCUGGAAGACAUUCGAGAGUCUCUCCUGCGAGUCAAAGAAGCCCGACCAGAAGGCGAUGAAGACUGUGAAGAGCUGGAAAAGGCACAGCAUAAGUUUAUGGACUUCAAGAGGAAGCAGUUGGAAAAACUCAUCAGUUUGGAGCGAGACUUGGUUCGACAAAGGGAUCAUCUGGAAAAAGAGGUCGUUGAUGAGCAUGAAAGUUUGGGUUGCUUGAAGCACCUACAGCAUGUGAAUCUCGAGAAACGUGAGGGAAAGGCCAUCAAUACUGCCUUAGAUGUCGAAGAAGGUAGCAAAAUAAAAUCUGAAUAUUGGCUGCAGCAGAGAGAGGAGCUGCUUCAGCACUUGACAAAUAAUCAUUUACCAGCUUUGUUGGAGGAAAAGCAAAGAGCCUCUGAAGUACUGGACAGAGGCCUGCAAAGCUUGGACAAUACUCUUUACGAAGUCGAGAAAGAAAUGGAAGAGAAAGAAGAACAGCUUGCUCAGUACAGGGCCAGCGCCAGCCAGCUCCGGCAGCUUCAAGAAACGUUUGAAUUUACUGCCAACAUAGCUCGCCAAGAAGAGAAAGUUCGGAAAAAGGAGAAAGAAAUCCUUGAGUCAAGGCAGAAACAGCAAAGAGAGGCGCUGGAGAAAGCUGUAGCUAAACUGGAAAGGCGGCACUCAGCCCUGCAGCAGAGUUCCACCCUAGACCUGGAAAUGGAAGAGCAAAGGCAGAAACUUGCAACUUUGAACAGCAGCUGCAGCGCCGAGCAGGCUGGCCUCCAAGCUACCAUAGAGGCAGAACAAAAAGCCCUAGAGCAAGACCGAGAACGAUUGGACUUGCAAAUACAGCAGCUGAAGCAGAAGAUAUGCGACGGUGACCGAGUUGAAAAGGAGCAUAUUGGAAACAUAGAAGAGAAGCUGUCUCAUAACCGUUCACCUCCUAACACAACAAACACACCAUCCCAUCUUAUUCCAUCAGUUGAUGAUAGAAUAAAUGCCUUUAUUGAAGAAGAAGUUCAGAGACGUCUUCAAAAUGUUCACUACACUUCUGUAGAGGACAAUAACAGCCUAUUCCAGUCUAUGGAAUGUUUAAAAGAUAACGAGAAGUUUCCGAACUGCCCUGGUCAGCGCAAGCUGAAGUAUGAGAAAAGAGAGCGUUCCUUGCCCCUUUAUGGCUUUCGCCCUGUGUCUAAUGAGGACAGCCAUUGCUAUAACCUGAUUGGUGAAGAUACAAGAACAGCAGGUGUCAGUGAGCGGGACAAAAGCCGGAACACAUUUAAUCCUAAUUGGGGAAGAAUCUUGCCGUUCUGCAUGACUCAAGGAGAUUCAAAUAAAAGGAGGCAGUUAGGGCAGGAAUACGUCGACUGGCUGUGCGGCAGUGAACGUGAUUUGGAUCAACCCAGAACCAUUAACAGGGAGAGAAGUUUUUCUGAGCAUCUCACAGAUUCUUUUCCUCAGACUCAGGAGGGAGGCGGAAAGAUUCACUUGUCAGAAAAGCAGCUGGUAUUCUGUCGUUCCAGAAGACCAAGCCUGCGGGUUUCUUCUUGGGUAAAUGGUAGCUCAGAAACAGACCCGGAUUUUUCCCAUUUCCAUCAUAUGCCUGCCUCAGAAUCGUCCGCCUCUGCAAAAGGUCAGACUGGCUUUUGUUUUUUUCUUUCUCCUGGAGAUCAGAGCAACCAAAUAGCCAAAGCCUGUGGGCAGAUAGCCAAUCAGUAUGCAGGUGUGCGGUGUGCCACCCAAAGCCACCCCCCGGAUUCGGAUGCGCAAGCUCAGCCCGGUUACAGCCUGAACCAUCUCUACAGCGGAUUGGCCAGUGUUUACAGAGAUACCAGCUACCAAGUCCUUCGAAGCGGUUGGUUCUUCAAGCAGAUCCAAGGUCUCGUUGGCCUCUGUGGCAAGAAUGAGAAAUGUACUCAAGUGGCCUCAUUUAUUAAAAGCUUCCCAUUUGUGAGGAAAAUGCAGCUGAAUAGGCUUGUGGGUGGGGGCUUGAGUAGCUCUCAUUCGGCGGAUGGGAUCCUGACCGUUUCGCCAGAUGUUAGCCCAGGAUGUCUUGUGCAGGGAAAAGACGCGGUGGAAUUCUUGGAUUCAGAAGUCCCAGUCAAGCAAAUGAUCUGUCGCUCUGUUAGAACAAAUCCGGAUGACCUAAAGAAUCCAGUUAAAAUUAGUAUUCCACGCUACGUCCUCUGUGGACAAGGAAAGAAUGAGCACUAUGAAUAUGAAAUAAAGAUAACAGUCCUUGAUGAGACGUGGACGGUAUUCAGGCGGUACAGUCGCUUUCGGGAGAUGCACCAAACGUUAAAAUUAAAAUACCCAGAGCUGGCUACUUUAGAGUUUCCUCCGAAGAAGCUCUUCGGAAACAAGGAUGAACAAGUCAUUGCCGAACGGCGGAAUCACUUAGAGAAAUACCUCAGAAGCUUUUUUGGUGCAAUGCUGAACUCUGCGUCGUCCCCGCUGCACAUAAACAAAGAAGGCCUGGCCCUGUCCAAACAUACUGUUUGUGAAUUCUCAUCGUUCUUCAAGAAAGGCGUGUUUGACUACAGCAGCCACGGCACGGGUUAACGGACCAAGAGCAACCACUUUUCCUUGUCUUCCAUUCUGCUCCUUGACGUCUGCAGAAAAUGAAAAUUACAUUGGAUUGUUUUGCAUUCUGGGAAAAUUUCUAUCGCGAGCGCUGGCUGUUGGAAGCAAAUACAUAGCGCUACUUGGUUUAUUUGCUGCCGAUGGAAUGUGGAAACAGUUUGUUUCUGCAAGUUGAUUUGAGAAACGAUACCAAACUCUCAUGCUGUGUUUGGAGCCGCUCGCCAGCGAAAGUUCUUCCUUGCACAGGUUCUCAGGCAAUUUGUUACAGCCUUUCUCGUCUAUUCCCAAGUUACUUUGAUUGUGCCGACAGACAAGCCUUUCGCUGAAGCCGGUUUCCUGUUUUCUUUUGCUCCUUUUUGUUCUGAUUUUUGUCAGCUUGGAUGUGUGCCCUGUCGAUGCGUUUUCAUCCCAAGAACUUCAGCUGCUUGGUGAUGCCCCCGUUUGUCUUCCACGCAUUACCUUAAAUUUGAACGUUUACAAAAUAUACGCUGCAGAGGACUUGAAAUCUCUCAAGUUUCUGCGCUUGAUUACACAGCUGUGGGAUCCCUUGUCAUAUAUUUAAAAGAAAAGGAAGCAAUAGCUAUUUAAAAAAAUGAGGUCGGCUUUUUUUCAUUUUCUAGUUGCACGCAGAUUGCAACUGUAUAUUAUGUAUUAUACAAUGCUGACGGCUAGACUUAAAUAAAUGCGACAUGGAUUCUCUUUUUUUCCUUUUUUAAAGGAUGGCUUUUCCCUAAAAGUGUAACACUAGCUCGUUAACGUUCUUUGUUGCAAAAAAGAAGAAUGCUUUAAAACUUACUCAGGGCUUAUUUAGAAUUGCACAUGUAUAGAGGACUGCCGUGUUCCUUUGUAAAAACGUAGACUGAAAAAAUAUUGUGACCUAUAAUGGGGACAUGUUUAUGUUCUGUUCAUAAUAAAAAUUGAAAAGUGAAGUA